AUGAUGAAGCGCGGCUUCCUCAACACUUCGAAGGUAAAAAAGCAGCCACUGUAUGGCCGAACUCAAUCUCAGCCACAUCAAUUAGAGAUAGAGGAACCUGUGGAGACACGAAAUUCGAGCAAAUCGUUAGGACGAGAAGUCGACGCCGGACAUCCGGAGGGCGUUGUGGCAGGGCCACUUCCGUCCUCAACCAUCGAGAACAGUUUACGAACAGACCAUGCUGAAGACACGAUUCUCGUCUCAACCAUCCCGUUGCAUUUCGAGGACGGAUCUGGUGACCCGGAUGGCCAUAGCGAGUGGAUCGCGAGAGGCCCUACCUAUGACAAGAUCCUCAAGUUGCCGUCCUUCCCCAGCCCCAUCCCCAAGCCACGCCGUCACAACAUGUACGUUGUCAAACCGAGCCGCGGAAUGGGCUUGGGCGUCUUCGCGACAUGCGAUAUCGAGGCCGGCGAACUCAUAUUUUCCGAACGCCCACUUCUUGUCUAUCCGAGUGCCGCGGCGCCCUUGGAAGCCUCCAACCCCUACUCUCGACUUUCUUCAACGAAAAAAACGAGCGGGCAGAAGGAAGCCAUUGAGUACGAACAGCUCGCCGAAGUCGCGCUGGAGCGCAUGACAGAGGAAGGACGUGCUGCAUACCUCUCGCUCGCGAACGCGCAUGGAAGGGACAGCAGGCCACUGGUGGGGAUCAUCAAGACUAACGGUUACUUGACCAACAUCGGUGAUGGACCGGACCCGCGACCUGGGGGAGACUAUGCUCAUGCACGGAAGUAUGGCGCAGUGUGCGAAAUAGGGGCACGGAUCAAUCACAGUUGUUCUCCAAACGUCACCUUCUGGUUCAAUCGGUCCUCUUUCUCUAUGCAGGUCAGCGCAAUCAAGGAUAUCAAGGGCGGGCAGGAGUUCUUCUCCUCGUACUGCAGGCUGGAUCAGUCUGCUGCGAAGAGAAAGGUGGCGUUGGCUCCGUACGGAUUCGAGUGCAAGUGUCCCGUUUGCGUACAUGCCAUUCCCGCCACGGACCAGCUGCAUGAAGAGUUUCCUGCCCGAGUUCAGCGUUUUUCGGAGCUCUCCAAGGGUUGGAUUCGUGCCCCUCGUCUCGACGCCAGUGUCCUCGAUCCUCUGUUACAGCUCGAGAAGGAUGCGAUAAAAGAAGGAUUAAUCCCCGAGCCCCCGUAUAGGCGCUUGUUGGGAAUAAUAGAAGUGGUUUACGCAAAGCUGGGCAUGCGCGAAAAGGCUGGACACUACACCGAAAUCAGGUGCCGUCUCAAUGCUAUCGGGGAAGAUGACAAGACUCGAUAG